GCUUGGGGUCAUCGAAUGGUGGGGGGUGACCGUGGGAAGAAUUUUUAUUUUUAAUUCAAAAGAAGGGAAAAGAAAUGUGAGCGGUGAUUUUUUUUUUUUUGUUUUUUGGAAAGUGGGCUGUGAUUUGAGGCGGACGCAAGCCACACAACCUAAGGGCAUACUCCGCAAGUGGGCUUUCCUGCAUAUAUCUGAUCGCAAUUAAUUAUGGGCCAAAAGUUGGUCGAAAUUAGUCGAACAGCCAGAGCGCCAGGACGGCUGAACUCUGGAUGGUCGGAACAGCGAAGAUUUGUCUUGGCUAUUGCUGUCAUUCUUUUGCCACUUGCAGCAGCAAUGAUCGCGUUUGAUGUCUUCACAGUUUUCUUCAAGACAGAUUUCCACCGCAACAGCAGAACUGUGCUACCUCUUGUAACGUCAGUACUCGUAGUUAUGUCGUAUCUGCUGUUUGGAGCUUCAGUCUCAAUCCUUGCAUUUAAAAAUUAUGAGGAUGUUAAUAAAGACUGGGAUCGGGAUAUCCGCUUCAUGAAGAAUGCCAAGGGGGCAGGGGUUUGCGGGAUGCUUGCAUUUUUUUCGAUCUUCCCAUCCUUGGCUUUGCUCGUUUGGCGCACUUGUUCCAUGUUGAAAUUCCAGUGUUCAAAAGAGAAUGGUUGGCGUAAUUGUUCCAUGUCGAAAUUCCAAUUUUCAAAAGAGAAUCUUUGGCGCAUGUUGAAAUUCCAGUCUUCAAAAGAGAAUGGACUGUAAGGAUGGUAGGCCCCCCCCAAUCUCCCAUUCCUGCCUGUCCAAGCUGCUUCCUAAUGUUUUUCAUUUCCAGUUUUGUUGUACAAUACCUCUCCCUUGGAAGCUGGAACAUGGAAAGGGAGAAGGGUCACUUCUUCUCCGUACUUGGGGCCUCGCACCUUUUGCAACCAGUAAUAGAGGUAGUUCUGAAUGUAAAAGAGGAGAGAGAGAGAGAGAGAGAGAGAGAGAGAGAGAGAGAGAGAGAGAGAGAGAGAGAGAGAGAGAGAGAGAGAGAGAGAGAGAGAGGUCAGGCAAUUCAGAGCCUAGUAUCCAUAAUCAUUGCAAUAUUGUGAUUUGGUGAAUCCCAGCCACUUGCACGCUUGUGCCUGAGCAAGCAAGAGAGAGAGAGAGAGAGAGAGAGAGAGAGAGAGAGAGAGAGAGAGAGAGAGAGAGAGAGAGAGAGAGGUAGGUUAGUAUAUCAAAGGAUUCGGUUUUGUUUUUCCAUCAAGGGGUGGGGGGCUACAUUGAAGUCAGCUGGUUGUGUAGGUCAGGGUGCAACAAUUUCCUUGAGCUGAUUCAUAUUUUUCUGUAAAAGAGGAUCAUAUCUUGGGUAAGAUUUCGAUGAUCACCAUGGAGCGAGGGGAUGCUUUAUGUUCUGAAGCAACCCCUGGCGCCACUGGCGAGCUUGGUUUCCCCUGGCCCUCCGGACGGAUGGAAUGGACAGCCUUUGUCACUGUGAUGUCGAACGCUCUCAGUGCGACUACUGCUGUACGUGAGUUUUUUAGCACAGAAGAAUUGGUGUUUCACACAUGGCUCUCACCCUCUCUCACGUGUCUGGUGUGGUUAACACUGGUUGUGCUUCCUUGCCCCAGUGGCCAGGAAGGAGAAUGAGUAGGGCUAGUACUGUGGUAGCGUGGGUGGAAAGGUGGUGGUUAUCUUGAGACCGAGCAAGGCAGUGGAUUUAGGGUUUGGGGGAAACAAUAUAGCGAGGCAGUGGAUUUAGGGUUUGGGGGAACCGAAAUAGCGAGGAGUGGAUUUAGGGUUUGGGGGAACCACAAUAUAGAUAGGAACAGACAGCUCAGCUAGAUCCGUAUUCGUGUUUGCUGUCUGAUCGAUAGUCUCCCCUCGCACACUUUCUGAAACUCCUACAUGAUUUGCAUCUUCUCAUGUCAAACUCUCCUCGCACAACGUCUCUUGCAUAACCGUCACCAGACUCACCACAUUUAGAAUCCUUAUAUCGCUACCGCUCAAGCUUCCAGAAGGUAAAUCCUCAAGCCCUGUUGGGACUCUUGGGACUCGAUUUGACCCAACAGGCCUUGGGAGUCUUCAAGAGUCCCAAGGCCUAUCAUGGAUGGAAUGGAGUCGAGAUUUUUGGAACUCAAAUUUUGUUAAGGAAAUCAGCAAAGGAAAUCAGAUAGGAAUUGAGUCGGGCGGCGACUCGGAGAUUCAACAGCCAAGGCCAGUUGGAUUUCCCUGAGUACUAAGUCUGAGUCUCUUCGUUUCGAAAUGGUUAAGGAAAACGACGACUUUGAUUUCCUUACGAAGUCUUUGCUUUUCAAAUUGGUUAAGUUAACGAAAAAGACAACUUCGAGUACGUUCCAAAGUGACAAAGUCGUUUCUUUUCAAAUUGGUUAAGGAAAUUAACAAAGGCGUCAUGAUGGGGUUGGCAAGUCAGAUUCUACCUUCAGCUCUGUUGAGGAGUCCAGCAGCAGGGAUAGCUCAAUUACCACUAGUAUGCGGUCCUGGACUCCAGGAACGCCCGAAAUCGGUCCAAUGCAUGCGAGGCAUGGGCAGGACCGUUACGAUAGACUAGGAACGGCGGAAAUCGGUCCAUGCCAGGCAUUAGUUGGACCUUUGCAGCGUGAUUAUAUGUGAUAUAGAUUUGACGAGCGGGGUCUAGUAGCCUAAUCCGAUAAUCCACUAGCAUCAUUGCCCAUUUCGCGUUGAUGGACAGGUGCACUUUCACUACGGUAACCAUGAUGCACUUAGCAACAUGCUGAGUCAGCUGAGGAUGUAGCUGAGUGAAUGCUGACAAGUCUUUGUGAGGACUUUGCCGGUACUAUGAUGCUUAACCACACAGUUAUGGGACUACCACACGGUUAACCACAUGGUGGUAUGCGUUCAAGUUGGUACAACAACAUCACAUUCUGCAACUGGAUGAUUUCUCGAAUUCGCAACGGGCAGGGCAUCAUAUCGAGAGUGAAUUCCACUCGUAAAAACGAUAGAGUAGAGUAGAGUAGAGUAGGUAGUUUUAUGAGUCACUGAGUCAGCAUGAGUUGGCAUGGAGCUGAUAAUGGUUGAUGGGAUAAUGAUAAUGCAGUGUGUGUGUGUGUGGGGGGGGGGGGGGGUCACAAAUUUAACACUUUGGUAUAUAAAUGCUCCUCCCGGGACUUCCGGUAUGAUCCUCAAUAUUAUCAUCCAAUGCCUAAUAAUGUAAUCUCAUAAGGGACGUUGGGCCCAGUUCCCAGCACGUGCUGCUUCCCACGAAUAGAUUGGAGAGUUUGUUAUUACCAAAAAACAAAACAAACAAACAAAAAAGAACCAUAUUGUACUGACCAGGUGGAGUUUUGCCUACUACCGGGUCAAGGUCCCCUGGGAUGGUAACGAGGAUUAUCGAAUCGACAUUGUCAGAGUGAUCUGAAGGAUUAAUUUGGGCCGGCACCUGCUUCAGUGCGGUAUGUGUUCCUUCAGCAACAGACGGCAAGGAAUAAAUCAGCGAGCGGCAACUUGAAGCACAGUUUGAAGGCCAACGGUAAAAAGCGGACGGUAAAAAACAUCCCAACUCGAAGACAGGGGAGGGGAGGGGGUCUGAUUCCAAGGCAAAGAAGGGCACCUUGUCCACCUGUGCAUGCAAGGCACUGCAAGCUUCUUCGUGACAGUGCAUGGAAUGAUGGAAGAUACCAAUCAGGGGGGGGAUCUCGGGUCCGAAUGGGGUGUUGAGAGGGUUCAAACAAGUGUAUCAUUUGAGAAAAUGUGGUCGAUUUUCGAGCAUGUUUUUCGAAUGAUGUAGAGUACCAAGUAUAUAGAAGAAGAGGGUGCCUACUUUAGAGUGGGGGUGGUAUACGAGUAACAAGGUCGAGAAACAGACCAUGAGUUUAAAUCCUGCCAAGCACAAGACUUGUUAUUGAGCUAUGGUUGGUGCUAACAGCAUAACCGAUAGAAAUGGAAGAGUUGUGGCAGUGAGAGGAGGAUGUGAGAUUUCUGCUGAAUUGCUAGAUAUGGUGACGGCUGGGAGGACCGCUACUGAUGUCCCCAAUUGGAGUGCAGAAUCAAUUAUCCAUCCUUGU